AUGGUCUUGGUAGCCGUCCUCGCCUGCGGAGAGGACAAGUCGCGUACUACCCCUCGCCCCUCGCGUCGCCCCCGCGGGCGACCCGGGGGGAAAACCCUAGCCGCCGCCCCUCGAGUCUCCUCCUCCUCCCCCCUCCUCGCCGCCGUCCAUAGCGCCGCCGGGCGAAGCCUGGCCGGCUGGGCGGCGGCGGGGCUUCUCCCCAUCCUUUCCGUCUUGGCUGGCACGGGACAGCGGGAUCCAGAGAAACACCGGGUGAACGUGGGGCUUGUCUCCACGGCCUCCCUCAUGCUCGGCGUCAGCGCCGUCAAGCCCGAGGCGCGGGCCAUGGUCGUGUCCGGGUUCGCGGGACUACUGGCCGGGGCAUUCAGCAUGGCCAUCGGAGAGUACGUGUCCGUCUGCUCCCAGCGCGACGUGGAGAUCGCGGAGCUGGACCAGGCCGGAAAGCGUGGCGGCGACGAGGAGAAGGCACUGCCAAGCCCGGCACAGGCCGCCGCGGCCUCAGCGCUGGCUUUCUCCGUCGGGGCGCUCCUACCGCUGCUGGCCGCCGGGUUCAUCGUGGGAUACAACCUGCGGGUGGCCGUGGUGGUCGUCGUGGCGACGUUGGCGCUGGCCGCGUUCGGAUGCGUGGGCGCCGUGCUGGGGCGGGCCCCCGUGGCGAGGUCGUGCGCGCGGGUGGUGGUGGGCGGACUGGCUGCCAUGGCCGUCACCUUUGGGUUCAUGAGGCUCUUCCGAGCCAGGGGCGUAUGA